GGUGAAAGGUGAAUUGUUAGUGACGUGACUGGUAAGAUGGCUGCCGCCAGUAGGAAGGUGUUUGAGUUAUUUGUGUCCCGGGUGCCGUGGACUCUGACUUGUAAUGAACUGCGAGAAUAUUUUUCACAGUUUGGGACGGUGAAGAAGUGUUUAAUGCCAUUUGACAAAGAAGCAGGAUUCCACAGGGGUUUCUGCUGGGUUGGAUUCUCCACAGAAGAAGGUCUUCAAAAUGCACUAAUGAGGGAUUCGCACACAGUAGAAGGAACAAAGCUUCAGAUUCAGAGAAACAGAAGAGCACUGACUGGACAAAGACUUAAUUCAAGAGACAUCAACGACUCUGGUUUAUAACCACACGUUGCUACAGAGUGACAGCUAUUUCUGAUGUUUAAUGUGUAUGUACAAUAGCAAAUAAAAAGUUAUCUUCAUA